GUAUAAAUAGCAACUAAAGCCUUUGGAUUUGCAUCACACUCAAAACUCAUCUCUUACAAUCAAAAUAACAUCCAAUUCUUCAGUCUCAAGUUCUUACAUCGAUCUCUCUAUUUUCCUCUCUUGCACGGUUUACUCCCAACAAUACAUACAUGGCUAUUCGUUUUCCUUCCAUGCUUUCUCAUGCAAAGCAAAUUCUUGCAAGAAAUCAGCAAGUAGUCCCAAAGGGACACGUACCAGUUUACGUAGGAGAGCAGGCUGAUAAGAAGAGAUAUGUGGUGCCUCUUUCAUACUUAAGCCACCCUACAUUCCAACAAUUGCUACAACGUGCUGAAGAAGAGUUCGGCUUUGAUCAUCCUAUGGGUUGUCUGACGAUUCCUUGCACUACAGAAACGUUCUUCAAACUAACUUCUGAAUUGAAGUGCUAAUGGACUGAUGUGAAGAACAAACAACAAUGUUUCAUUGACUUAGAUUUUUUAUGGGUUUUUUUUUUUGUAAAGAUGUCUAUCAACCCUGCACAAAUUAACACUGUAUAGAAUACAAUGUACUUUUCCCCCCAUCUGCAUCAUUCAGAGGGGUGGCUCUUAAUAUAAUUUCAAAGACUCGAAUUUUGGAUUAUCAUUGUUUACCUCUUAAUUAUUUUCAGUUUAUCAGAUUUAUUUCUGUACUGUCAUUCCUUAUGAUCCUGUAACAGUUCUGU